AACACCUUACAAAAGGCUGAAAAUGUUUUUUAACACCCCCCAAAAAAAAACUUUUAUUUUAACACCUCCCAAAAAUAUAAAAGUUGGAAGUUAACACCAAAAUCCAUCUUCCGUUAACAGAACUGUUAGUGGGGCCCACCCCAACGGAUAUAUUUUUAAAAGAUCUGUAUAUAAGAACCAUUCUUCCACGAUUCUUGCACGAUAUAUAAGAACCAUUCUUGCACGAUUCUCCCCCAAUGAACGAAAUCGUUGUUCUUAUUGAAUAGCAGCAGCGUAUUGCAUUGUUGCACGAUACUUGAAACAAUUCUUUCACGAUUCUUCCACGAUUUUUGAGAAGAGGAACAGAUUGAAGCUGCUGAAACAGAUUAUGUCGUUUGUUAGCUCUUCCCCUCCUGAGGCCAGAAAAUGUAAGUGUGGUGUGCCAAUGGCCAAGCUCACUAGCUGGACAAGGGAGAAUCCAGGCAGGAAGUUCAUAUCAUGUAAGUUUUAUGACCCAAUAACAGAAACAAGGGGUUGCAAAGCUUUCGAAUGGGUUGAUCAACCUGAUGGAACAGAUUGGCAAACAGGGGUUAUCAACAACCUGUUGUUGGAUAAGAAGCUGCUAAAGGGUGAAGUUAAUGAAUUGAAAAGGGAAGUUGAUGAAAUCAGUGGCCAAAGGAGGUGCCUACUUAAUGAAGUUGAUAAUUUGAAGAUGAGAUGCAAGGCCUUGAACGCUGACAGGAAGAGAAUGAACAGGGAGUGCAAUGAAGGGAAGGUGUCUUCAAUCAGCUGUUUUGGUUGGGUGGGCAUGGCCAUUUGUAUAGGUUUGUCAAUGGGUGUAAUUUUCCUAAUGGCUAGGGGUGUGUAAUAGUAAGCUGUAUUAAGUAGUUAUAAUUUCUUGUAAUGACUUGAAGUGUUAUAAAUAUGUCUUUUAAUCAA